AUGUCGGAUGUAGAUGAUUACGUACUAGGAAGGGAGUAUUCAGAAGGCCUGAGAUUAGAGACUCAGCAUCUCCUUUUCAAUAUCCACAAUGGGUAUACAAUUGACCCUCAGAUUCCAAUUACUCCUGAAACUAAGAUUGCCGACAUGGGUACAGGGACAGGUAUAUGGCUGUUAGAUGUAGCUCAUCAGGUUCCUUCGACAGUACAGCUGGAUGGUUUCGACAUCUCAGACAGGCAGUUCCCCCACGAGGCUAGCAGGCCAGAUAACAUGAAAUUCCGGCCCCUCGAUGCUUUUUCUCAAGUACCUGAGGAGUUAAUUGGGAAAUAUGACAUAGUUCAUCUGAGACUUUGGUGCUGUAUAGUAAAAGAUUGCAAUACGGCCGCCCUUAUUCAGCACGCUACUCGGCUAUUAAAACCGGGGGGCUAUUUGCAGUGGGAUGAAGCAGACCUUGGUCAAAUGCACAUCAGAGGUCCUGAAGCUGAAGCAGUUAGUGCCUUUGAUCGCAUAUUCCGAUCAAUCUUGCACUUUGAUUACGCCUGGAUACAAGAUCUUCCCAAUCGCUCAAAAGAGGCUGGUUUGGAAGUUUUGAAGUUCAAAACAGAGCCGUUUUCUAAGACCUGCAUACCAAUCGUUACUAGAACGUGCAUAAUGGCUUAUUUUACGGGUAUUGAAACCCUUUAUAAAUUUAGCAAUGCAUCUCUGCCUCCUCGUAAUGAGGCUGAAGCUGCAGUGACUGCGUUAGUUGAAGCACUUAAACAUGGCGCCGUCUAUCAUUGGACGCCGGUCAGUCUCCUAGCCCGAAAGAAAAUUGUAUCAUAA